AUGUCACGUGGACGCAUUCGCCCAAUCCUUGCCUCCCGCCAGCCGGUCGCCUCAUUUACUGCCUACUCCCCAUUUUCGCUCGCGUCCUUGUCCUUUUCACGAGCGUUCACCAACCCGAAUCGAACACUCUCAGCGUCAUCCGAGCAUCGAGAGAUGAGUAGUCGCGGCGGCUGGUAUAUCUUUGCAUCUUUUCCCUGCCUUGGCCGCACACGACUUCCGGCCGCCGGCCAAGGUCACCCCACGGCCCAUGCCGACCACCUCCGUCCGGCCUCGCCUACUACCUACCUCGAUCCUACUAUUCCAGCUCUGUUCGUGAAGAACUUGAGCUACAACGUAACUCCAGAGGAGUUGUUCGACCUGUUCGGAAAAUUCGGCCCAAUUCGACAGGUCCGUCAGGGCAUUGCAAGCGGCACCAAGGGUACCGCCUUCGUUGUCUAUGAAGACGUAAUGGAUGCGAAGCAAGCUUGCGACAAGCUAAACGGCUUCAACUUCCAGAACCGAUACCUCAUCGUUCUGUAUCACCAGCCAGAGAAGAUGCUCAAGUCAAAAGAGGACCUCGAGGCUCGCCAGGCUCGUUUAGCGCAGCUCAAGACACAGCACGGCCCGUCUAUUUCUUCAUCUAAACGAACCACUUCUCCGGAUCAGAAGACGAUCCUCAGAAAGGGCAAGCCGACCAUCACCGGGCGCGCACCCAGAACCGGUGUACGAUUCGCCGACGGAGUGCUCCCCAACUCGCUCCGGGCCCAGACUUGCGCUUGA